GUACGUCUUACCUUGCCCUAUGUGCCGCAUUACAUUGCAGCACCUCCUACGAAGGAAAAUUUGGAGUAUGCUGACCUUGCGAUCAUCGACAUUUCGAAAGCCGUCACUGAAGAAAGUCGCGCAGGGCUCGCAAUUGAAUUAAGGGAGGCCCUCCUCAACAAUGGGUUCUUCUAUGUCAUUAACCAUGGGUAUUCGAAAGCCCAAACAGCUCGCAUGUUUGACAUUGCAGACGUACCCUUCUCAGCCAUCACUGAUGAGGAGAAAGAAACUGGGUCAGUCCAAGGAUAUACAUUACUGCAGUACACGGAUAUCGACAGUAGAGUGCGUGACCAGCUUGAACAAUACUCCACAUCAGGAAAACUCUCCUGGGCUAAAUUUGUGUAA